UUUGUUUUCCUUCACCUACACAAUUAGAACACAAAAGACGCGCACCAAUCUGAAAAACUUGUGAACCCACAACCCAACCGGAACCAUGUCCAACGAGGAAACUGCAAACCUUCAAGAAGAACUUGAUGCCGAGAACACUAUCAAGGAGGAAUACAAGUUAUGGAGAGAGAAUUGCAGAUUUAUGUACGAAUUUGUGAGUGAGACAGCUUUAAAAUGGCCCUCUAUCACUGUUCAAUGGUUACCUGGCCACCAUAAAGACGAUUCGAAUGGAUUGUACGAAUCCAGUCUUUUACUUGGAACACAUACUUCUGGGGAAGACAUUAACUUCCUCAAGGUAGCGUCUACCCAGUUGCCAAUAACGAAGACUGAGGAUAGUAAGGUGAACUCUAGAAUAAAAAUCACCAAGAAGUUCAAAAACAAUUCAGAAAUUAACAGAGCUAGAUACAUGUCACAAGACCCAAACACCGUGGCGACCAUCAAUGGUAUGGGUGAAGUGGAUAUCUACAAGCUUGACUCUCCGACAAAGGAAAGUGUCCACCACUUGACUCAUCACACAGAUAAUGGAUACGGAUUAUCUUGGAACACCUUCAAGAGAGGCUAUCUCGCUACUGGAGCUGAUGACAAAAAAGUACAGGUAAUUGAAAUAGCAGGCGAAAGAGUAACCACAAUCAUCAAGCUUGAAGAUCACAAUGAUAUCGUCAAUGAUGUCAAAUGGCACCCAUUCAAUGAGAAUUUACUUGGAUCGGUUUCGGAUGACAAACACUUCAAGAUUUUUGAUAUAAGAACAUCCAGCAAACCCGUAUUAGAGUUUUAUGGAGAUGAACUGAAAGGUAUCAAUACAUUGUCUUUCUCUCCAUUUUCGUCCAACCUUAUCAGUAUAGGCAAUGCCAGUUCUACCAUAAAUCUAUUAGAUUUCCGUCAAUUGUCUAGCGAAAAGGGUCAGUCAUCAGGUUUAUUGCACACGAUGAUGGGCCAUUCCGAUGCCAUUACUUCUAUAGAAUUUUCUCCUCACGUUGAUGGUAUAAUUGCUUCAGGGUCCCAAGACCGAAGAGAUGCUGAAGAUGGGUGUCCUGAGUUGUUCAUGAUGCAUGCGGGUCAUACAGGAGGUGUUACAGAUUUGAAUUGGUGCCCAUACAAAGAUUGGACUCUUGCUUCAGUUGCAGAUGACAAUAUAGUCCAUGUCUGGGAAAUCUCAAAAACAUUACUCAUCUCGGAAGCCACUGAGGAGGUGGAAAGUAACGAGCUUGAGUAAUGCCUUGAAGGGUUUCCUCAUUUGUACAGUAAAAAUGCAAUAAACAACUUUAGAAGUUAACCGGUCUCAAAAUGUAUUCUUGUGAGGCAAGUCGCGGU